AUGUCGGACGGAGAAGAGACCAUUUCCAACCCCCCCGUUGCCGCCGAUGAGGUCGAGGUUUCGGCCGACGCUGGCGCCGGUGGCCAGAUGUCCGUUCUGGACGCUCUGAAGGGCGUUCUGCGCAUCUCCCUCAUCCACGACGGUCUUGCCCGCGGUCUCCGCGAGGCCGCUAAGACCCUGGACCGUCGCCAGGCUCACAUGUGUGUGCUCAACGAGGGCUGUGAGGAGGAGGCCUACAAGAAGCUCGUUGUGGCCCUUUGCUCCGAGCACAAGAUCCCCCUGAUCAAGGUCCCCGACGGAAAGAUGCUCGGCGAGUGGGUUGGUCUUUGCCAGCUUGACCGUGAGGGCAACGCCCGCAAGGUCGUCAACUGCUCUUGCGUCGUCGUCAAGGACUGGGGUGAGGAGUCCCAGGAGCGUUCCGUCCUCCUGAACUACUUCCAGACCGAGCAGUAA